AUGAGCAGUGAGCUGGACACAACUAGCUUCAUUGACUCCGAGGAGGAUGAUUCUACCAGCAGGUUUAGUAACUCCACGGAGCAGAGCAGUGCAUCUCGUCUAAUGAGGAGGCACAAGAGGCGCAGAAGAAAAACAAAAGCCCCUCGUAUUGAGAGGUCGUCGUCUUUCAGCAGCAUCACAGACUCGACUAUGUCUUUGAACAUCAUUACAGUCACGCUCAAUAUGGAAAAAUACAACUUUCUGGGCAUCAGCAUCGUUGGACAAAGUAAUGAACGUGGAGAUGGAGGCAUCUACAUUGGUUCUAUCAUGAAAGGAGGAGCUGUGGCUGCUGAUGGGAGGAUUGAGCCGGGAGAUAUGUUACUGCAGGUCAAUGACAUUAAUUUUGAGAACAUGAGCAAUGAUGAUGCAGUGAGAGUCCUUAGAGAGAUUGUGCACAAACCAGGGCCAAUUACACUCACUGUUGCCAAAUGCUGGGAUCCUUCUCCACGUGGCUGCUUUACUCUGCCCAGAAGUGAACCAAUCCGACCUAUUGAUCCAGCAGCUUGGGUUUCUCACACAGCAGCAAUGACUGGUACUUACCCAGCCUAUGGAAUGAGUCCAUCCAUGAGUACAAUCACGUCAACUAGUUCUUCGAUUACAAGCUCUAUCCCAGAAACUGAGCGUUUUGAUGAUUUCCACUUAUCCAUACAUAGUGAUAUGGUAACGAUUGUAAAAGCUAUGAGCUCCCCAGAAUCUGGGCUGGAAGUACGGGAUAGGAUGUGGCUUAAGAUAACUAUUCCCAAUGCUUUUAUUGGUUCUGAUGUGGUGGACUGGCUUUAUAACCAUGUGGAGGGCUUCACGGAUCGGCGGGAAGCACGGAAAUAUGCCAGUAACCUACUUAAAGCUGGAUACAUCCGCCACACUGUCAAUAAAAUCACUUUCUCUGAGCAGUGCUACUAUAUUUUUGGAGAUCUUUGUGGCAAUAUGGCAAAUCUCUCCCUUAAUGACCAUGAUGGGUCGAGUGGAACAUCUGAUCAGGACACACUUGCUCCCUUACCGCACCCAGGAGCUGCUCCGUGGCCAAUGGCAUUUCAGUAUCAGUAUCCAUUGCCUCAUCCCUACAGCCCACAUCCAGGUUUUCCAGAUCCUGGAUACAUCUAUGGUGGUGGAAGUGCUGGCAGCCAACACAGUGAAGGUAGCAGAAGUAGUGGUUCCAACCGCAGUAGUACAGAAAAAAGAAAAGACAAAGACACAAAGGCUGGAGAUUCGAAAUCUGGAGGGAGUGGAAGUGAAUCAGACCACACUACACGGAGCAGUAUGCGCAGAGAAAGAGCAGCAAGUGAACGUUCAGUGCCAGCUAGUGAACAUAGUCACAGGAGCCACCACUCCAUUGCACACAGCAUCCGAAGCCACCACACACACCAGUCUUAUGGUCCCCCUGGUGUACCCCCACUCUAUGGUCCUCCAAUGAUGAUGAUGCCAGCACCUCCCCCAGUGAUGGGGCCACCAGGAGCCCCACCCAGCCGUGAUUUAGCCUCCGUCCCACCAGAACUCACCGCUAGUAGACAGUCUUUCCGCAUGGCCAUGGGCAAUCCUACCAAGAAUUCGGGGGUCUUUGACUUUCUCUGA